UCUCCAUCCUCUCUCUCUCCAUCACGUCGUCCUUCAGUCGUGGGAAAAUCGAUCGCCCACAGGUGCAAUAGUGCAAUUAAAGCUCAUGAUGCUCAAUUGAACUACAACAAGCAUCAAGCUACUACCUUACAUCCGUUAAAUGGCUAAUUUAUGCACCACGUGAAUCAAAACAGAGGGCCCCAGGAAGAAGGGGCAGAAGCAGUGUGAUGAUGAUGAUGGUGGUGGUGGUGGAUAGUGCGUGAUAAUGGAGUGACGUUGCGUAGCACAAACCAUUCAAAACGUGUUCAAAAGGAAAUGCUUUUACAGUGACGAUUUGAGCGUGAUAUUUCCUCCCAAUCCUUCGCGAGACGAUGUGGAAACGCGCUUCUAUUCGCGAAACGCUUGACAUUCACGCACACAAACGCGCACAGCCAGCCGUCUUCAUCGACACUUUGUUGGUAAACAAAGCAGUGCGUUGGAAUAGCAGCAGGCCAUGCAAAAUGGGUACUGAUGUGAAGAAAGCAGAAGUAAAGGAUGAGGAAGAAGGAAUCAACGGAACCAUUGGCGGUGGUAGUGCCGGAUCUCUUGUAAACGAAAACGACAUCUUCGACCAUAUCAGCGGCAACCCGCGCGUGUUUUACAAAAACCAACAAAUAAACGAUCCCGAGCUAACGGACAGCGAGAAGCGAACGAUUCUACGCGAUGUGCUGAACAAAAGCCACGGCACCUUCCUUUCCCGGUUCGGGUUUUUCAUGCACGACGAGCAUCUCCGGUACUUCGAGCAGGACGAGCAAACGCUUGCCUAUAGUCCGGACGAGCGGUAUGAGAUCGAUUACCAUCUGGAGCGUAUCCGGCGGCUGCGGAACGGGGGCCGAGCGGUGGAGGUACGCAACCGGCGCUAUGCCGCCCUGCAGCGGAUGUGUACCGAUGGGACGUACUUCAGCGAGACGGAAAUGAUGCAGCGAGAUCCCCUGCUAUACGAGCAACUCGUGGGCCAGUUCCUGACGGAGCGGGAGAAGCGCGAAAGGGAUGCAAGCGUCCCGGUGCCGCAGAGUGUCGUUGGCAUACUGCUCAGCAAAAUUGAUCAGGAUCAGGCGAAGGAAACGCUGCAAAAGCUGGAAACGGAAGAGCGACACCAGGAGCAGGAGGAGGAUUCGCAGCCCGCGGAACGGAUCGCGGAUCGGUCGCGCCCAAAUUCGCCCGGCUUUCCGCGCGCCCAGUGGGGCAAUUUUGAUGAGGAGGAAGUGGAACGAGUCGCCGCCCAGCGGGAGGCGCGUGAAAAGCGGGCCCACCAGCGACGGCUUGCGAUACCGCCCGCCCAUUUGGUGACGGCGGGCGAGCGGGAUCUGCUGCGGGACGAGUUUAUUGGCAUUAUGCAUGCGAGGUUUAUAGCGGGCGAGGAGGAGGAGUUCGAUUACGCGAAGGUGGACAAUUCGGAUGAUUACGAUGAUCUGGACACGGUGGAGCAGGACGAGCAGGAAAGGUAUUUCGACGAUGAGGAGGAGGAGGAGGAGCAGGAGGAUGGCGCCACCGCCGCUACCGCCAAUGCCGAGCGGUCAUGCAACCGGAUGGAGGUGGAAAAGGAGGAUGAGAGUGAGGAUGAUUUGGAUAUUUACAUGCGCCACCUGAAUCGCCAUUUGGAGCAGCAGCAGCAGCGUACGACCAGCGUGGACGGGCCGGUUCGUGAUCCAAACUGCGAAUACGACAGCGACGACGACUAAUAAAACCAUCACGGGCGCGUGUUUGUUGAAAAUAUUA